AUGGCAGAGGAACACUCUCGAUGGGACUCGGAGCGCCAGGCGUGGGAGGAGGUGCGUCUUGGGGAGAGGAAGGAGGCGUUAGAGGAACGCCGAAGGGCCAGGGAGAAGGAGAAGGAGGAGGAGGAGAAACGGAGGGCGGGGAUACAUUGGUUGAAGCUUGAAAGGGCGCCGCAUUGCACGAAAUAUGGAACUAGGGAGUAUCGUGCCAAGUUGGGCCCUGUUAAUUCGGGCUAUAAUCAGCUCAAAGCGUGUCACGAGAUGGAGAUUGAGAUUCAUGGGCGGAUGAUGAAGCCGAGCCGAUGUGACAAUAUGGGUAUGUUCAAUGGGAUGUGGGGAAUUUGGAUGGUUGAUUUCGACGAAGGCGCCUGUCGUACUUAUUGGGGUGACUACAAGGAUAAGGGAUGCACGGCGCCAGGAUCGGGACUCCGCCACAUCGAGGCCAAUCUAAAAAACCACGAUGCCGCCGACGAAUGGACUGCCAUGUGCACCACAACACCCUAUGAUUUCAAUGGAUUGCAUUUUGACGGUGCAAUGUCUUGCGCUAAUUGGGGAAAAUACGGCAUAUUCGGAUUUUGGGAUGUCGAAGACAAGAACUGCGCGUGA